CGGAGGGGGAGGCGGAGCUUUCGGUUGGCAGCAGAAGCGGCGGCGGCCGCCGGUGCCUCACGCCUGACGGGACCCUCCCCGCCCCCUCCCCCGGCCCGGCCCGGCCCCGCCGCGGCGCCAGCGCUCCGGGGGCGCCCUCCCCGCUCCCCGCCCGGGCGCGCGGCUCCCUCCGCGCCGGCCUCGGUGCCUCCUGUCACCCUCCCCGCCGUGCCCCCGCGCGGGCAGGCCCCGGGCCCCUUCCCCCCCUCCUCCGGGGGGGGUGGGCUCCUCUCCGGAAACCUGGCCGCUCCCUCCGCGCCGCCUGCCCAGCCGGGCCUGCGCCCGCCGCCGCCGGGCAGCGCGGGGGGGGUCCCUCGCGGCCGCCUGGCCUCCGCUGUGACACAGGAAAUAAAAUAAUGCUAAUGAAGCAGCCAUUUCCCUGAAGUUCACGUUUUCAGACUCACUGCCAUUAUGGAUGAGCAGCAAGCUUUAAAUUCAAUCAUGCAGGAUUUGGCUGUGCUUCAUAAGGCCAGUCGUCCUGUCUUGCCCCAGCAAGAAACAGGAAAACCAAAGUCAUCUUCGCCUAAAAAACAGAACGAUGUUAGAGUCAAAUUUGAGCAUCGAGGUGAAAAAAGGAUCCUGCAAUUACCAAGGCCUGUUAAACUUGAAGAUCUUGCAGCUAAAGCUAAAGUGGCUUUUGGACAGACUAUGGAUUUACAUUACAGCAAUAAUGAGCUUGUCAUUCCAUUAACCACACAGGAUGACCUGGACAAAGCUGUUGAACUGCUUGACCGUAGUGUUCAUAUGAAGAGUCUCAAGAUAUUGCUUGUAAUACAUGGAAAUACACAGUCACCCAGUGUAAAUAGCGUGGAACCCUUGCCCUCACUGGAAGAUCUAGAUAACACAGUGUUUGGUGUGACAGACAGAAAAAGGCGACUGUCUGUUAUAGGUUCUAAUACUCGUGAUAGGAGUUCACCUCCCCCAGGAUACAUUCCAGAUGAGCUGCAUCAGGUGGCCCGAAAUGGGUCCUUCACCAGUAUCAACAGUGAGGGUGAAUUCAUUCCAGAAAGUAUGGAUCAGAUGCUGGAUCCGUUGUCUUUGAGCAGUCCUGAAAACUCUGGCUCGGGAAGCUGUCCCUCACUUGACAGCCCUUUAGAUGGAGACAACUAUCCCAAAUCUCGGAUGCCAAGAGCACAGAGUUAUCCAGAUAAUCAUCAGGAAUUCUCAGUAGAGUAUGAUAUCCCAAUAUUUGAGAAAUUUGGAAAGGGGGGGACUUAUCCCCGAAGAUACCAUAUUUCAUAUCAUCAACAAGACUACAAUGACGGUCGUAAAACUUUUCCAAGAGCCAGAAGGACUCAGGGAAACAGCUUCCGAUCACCAGUUAGUUUCAGUCCCACUGAUCACUCACUGAGCACCAGUAGUGGAAGCAGCGUCUUUACGCCAGAAUAUGAAGAUAACCGAAUGAGGAGGAGGGGAAGUGACAUAGACAAUCCUACCUUGUCAGUCAUGGACAUUAGCCCACCCAGUCGCUCACCACGAGCUCCAACUAACUGGAGACUUGGUAAACUGCUGGGUCAAGGUGCAUUUGGCAGAGUAUAUCUGUGUUAUGAUGCUGAUACCGGAAGAGAACUAGCUGUUAAACAAGUUCAGUUUGAUCCUGAUAGUCCAGAAACCAGCAAGGAAGUAAAUGCACUUGAAUGUGAGAUUCAGUUGCUGAAAAAUCUGCUGCAUGAAAGAAUUGUUCAGUAUUAUGGCUUCUUGAGAGAUCCACCAGAAAGAACCCUCUCUAUAUUCAUGGAAUAUAUGCCUGGGGGUUCCAUCAAAGACCAAUUGAAAUCAUAUGGAGCACUCACAGAAAAUGUGACUCGUAAAUAUACGCGGCAGAUUUUGGAAGGAGUUCACUAUUUGCACAGUAAUAUGAUUGUCCAUCGAGAUAUUAAAGGAGCAAAUAUUCUGCGGGAUUCAGCAGGCAAUGUGAAGCUUGGUGACUUUGGUGCCAGCAAACGACUGCAGACCAUCUGUCUCUCUGGUACAGGAAUGAAGUCUGUCACAGGAACUCCAUACUGGAUGAGUCCCGAAGUUAUUAGUGGAGAAGGGUAUGGCAGAAAAGCAGACAUCUGGAGCGUAGGUUGUACAGUGGUAGAAAUGCUCACUGAGAAGCCCCCGUGGGCAGAGUUCGAAGCCAUGGCUGCCAUCUUUAAAAUUGCCACUCAGCCAACCAACCCCCAGCUACCACCUCAUGUCUCCGACCAUGCUCGGGAUUUCUUGAAACGGAUUUUUAUCGAGGCCAAGCUGCGACCAUUUGCAGAUGAACUGCUAAGACACACAUUUGCACACUAUCACUAACAGCCUGCCUCAACUCAGCUUGCAUCUACUGCAUUUAUUUUCUAUUUGACUGCACUUUUAUUUUUAUUUUUUACAAAAAAAGGAAAAAAAAGACAAGAGAGAAUAUUCUCUUGAAUCUUUGUUUCACUUAGAUUGUAAACAAUCUAAAUUUUGUAUCUAAAAUGAGAAUCUUCUCUCCCCUGCUCCCACCAGGACUAGAACUUUUUGUUUCUAUAAUGUACUGAUGUGGUUCAUGUAGAUAAAGCACUUUAGUACAUAUUUGUUCCUUAUUUAAAGGGGAAAAAAAAAAAAAGACAAAUGCUUGGACAGUCAGGAACUGUGUGACUUUUUCUGACACCACUGACUGACUCAGGGUGCAGGGAAAAAUAGACAUGCAGCUAAAGGACAAGAAGGUUACUUCUCUGUGAUUCUUCUUUAUAUUGUAGGUACUUCUGGCAGAGAGUUCUAAGUUCUUACUAUGUUUUAGCAUUUUAAUCAGUUUCUGGAUUUUACAGUUUAAGCUGGAACAUGCAGUUCUGAGAAUUAAUGAUAAAGCUGGAAGAACUUGGAACUCUUUGUACAGCACUGUGUCUAACCAGUACUUCUAUGUGACCAAAAGAAAAUAACAAAAAAGAACUCAACACUGAUGUACUAGUUAGAGGUUUUGGUGUAGAACUAUAGUAUUAUCUUAAUAGGAAAAUAAUUACAGGUAAACAGAUUAUGGACCCAGACUCCUAGGAACUACUAUACUGCAAGGGGAAAAUUUCCAUAAUAGACCAGGGUCAGCUGUUGGAUGUAAAUAGUUAGGAGAAUGCCUCCUGCUGUAUCUGCCAAAGAGAACCUGUGUUGCAUAAGCUGGGAGGGAGAUGGUUAUCUUAGAUAAGAAAAAAAAAGUGAUGUUCAGAGUCAGUUCUCCUCCACAAUCCCAUGAAUGGCUGAGGGGGAAAGGGAGUGACUAAUCCUUGUGCAGUAUAUGAGUUACUUAAUUCAGAAUGAGUUAUAAGAAAUAAAGUUUUCAAAGCUGUUGAGGGCACUAGGAUAGAAUGUAUAUCAACAUCAAGUGCCUGAAUAAUACAAAAUUAUUCCCAUUAUGCACUAAAAAAAAUUGUUUUAGUAACACAGUUCAGUCAUCUAGGAUGUGUUGAAAAUUCCUGAAAUAAUGUUAAACAUCUUUUAAUGCCAGGAAUAAGUCACUGAGAAAGAUAAGACUCCAGUUAUAUUUUUAAUAAGGUAGCGAUGAUGAAUCCACAUGAACAAGGAGGCACAGCACAAAAGAUUGUAUGAAGAACAGGCCAAAAGUGCAACGAGAGUCAGCAAUUAAAUAACAUAAGCGUGAUUACUCCCGCCUGAUAAUCCAGAUGAUUGGUGUUUGUCAGAUUACCAACUGUUAUAAAAACUACGUGAAUCACUUUUUCCAUUUCUGAAAGAGUAUAAUAAAAGAGCAAAAGUAAAACUCUGAAAUACUGCUUCUCAAUUGAAAGUCCAGGUACUGAUCAGGUGUAGUGAAUAACUGACUUUUCACAACAGAGAAGUCAAACUCUCAUAUUUUUGUAGAAGAACACAACAUAAUAUAAAAGGGCAUUUGGAAAUAAACUAUUGGACUACAGAACUGAAAUAAUGUAUACUGUUUUGGAUGAUUCAUUGCUUGCUUUUGUUGUUUUGUAAAGGCAGAGCGGGCUGGUACUGUGAACCUUGUCCACUCUGACAAGGCUCUACCUGUUUUGUAUCUUCAGACGACUAUCAGAAUUAUGAAGUGCGUGGAGGUAGAAAAAUAAGCUUACCCAUUCCCAUGGUAGUUCACUCAUGAGAUUUUUUAAUUUAUUCUGCUAACUUCCAAAUUUUGUACCAGAGCAUAAGCAGGAGUAUGGAUCUAUCUUAAUCACUUUACCUGUAGUGGAGUAAGAAUGAUUUUUUUUUUUUUUUCCUUCGGUUUAUGUGAAUAUUUUACCCAGCCUAUAAUUUUCUCAGUCAGGGUACACAACUGUGCAAGGUUUUCUGAGCAUGGGAAGAACUAGUCAGACCAGAGAAAGUUUAGAAGGCUGAAAAGAAAGUUCAGCUUGUAUUGACUUUUUUUUUUUUUUUUUUUGCUUGUCUGUCCCUAGAUAAAAGCUAUGAAAGCAGCCUUUAAGAAGAAUUGGUAUGUACUCUGCUGUAAAGGACCUUUGCUUUAUAAGCAAAAUUUAGUGACAGCAGGGAUGGGAAGUUUAAUGUAGAGCCUAAUAGUUUAUGUAGGUAAUUUAAAGAUCAUAUAAUUGAAACAAUUGAUUUCAAACAGAUUAAGAAGGUACCAAAACCAAGGUGAAAAUGUAUAUAAAAAUCAGUACUGGACAGUGAUAUCUGAAAAGGUAAGGAACUUUUAUAUUACCAAAAAAGGACAUUAAAGGGAAAAUGUAACCAGGUUUAUCUGUAGCAUUCAUAACAUUUAAAUAUACUAUUCUAAAAGAAAACUGCACUCUCUGAAGCUUGAAAACUUUCAGAAUCUAGUUUUCUUAUAAUUAUGUGUCCUUUUUGUGAGACAGUGCUGGCUCAUGUAUAUUGCAAUAUCACCUCCUCAUUGUGAUUUUUAAUUACUGAAUAAUAGAGUUUGCUGCUUUUGUGCCUUUUCUAAAAAACAGCAUUCAGUCAUGACAACGGUAAGCAUUUUGGAGCCAGGAACAAAAGAAUUUGCAGAAUGCAUUUUCCUUAAUUUCUUUGACAUAACAGAAAGCUGCCAACAUAAAGACAGUGCUUCUUAAAUGAAGAUGACAUUUGCCAGUUCCAGUGAUUCUAGUAAAAUCUUAUUAAUUUAACCAAGAUUAGGCUUGAGCUUUUUUUUUUUUUUUUUUUAACCCUAUGGAGAAUUUGUCUACUGACUUAAGCAACUUACAGUAAAUUAGAUGGUUAUUAACAUAAAUGUUUUGAGUUAGAAUUAAUUAUGAAGCUAAAUCAGACUUUUACAAAAGGUUAGCUAAUAUUUAUCCUCUAUUGGGGUAAUGUAGUAAAACAAGCUGCAUUAAAUAACAUAGUACCUCUGUAUACAUAUACAACAUCUGUAAAACACUUAACAUUGACUACUGGUGUGAUAACAAACCCUAGUUCUAGAAUUUGAGCAGGCACAUGGAAUUGCAUGCUUAAAACUCCAUUGGAGGAAGGCUGCAGAGCCAAGAUCCCUGCUCACCACUUCUAGUAUCUUACUAACAAAGAUACCAGCAUUUUAGAAUCAUGAAUUAUUCUUAAUUGUUGAAUCCAAUUACUAGAAAAUGCCAAUGAAAACAAUACUGUUGCAGGGUUGUUUUGCUUUUCUGUAAAUGCCAUGAUGAAGCUAUGCUCUCAAAAAAUAAGGAUCAAGGUUCACAGUGAGUAUGCAUAUUUUCAAAGGGCUCACUUAUCUGCUAAUGAAUUUUGUAAUUCUGUUUGUUGCAUGUAUUAACGUUAAUGGUGUAACUAACAGUCCUGCUCAGGUGCGACUGAAAGUUUCAGUCGUGUUAGAGCAAGUUGUUUUUUUUUCAUUUGGGUGAUAGAAAUAUCCAUGCAAGGACUUAAAAAGGUAUGGAUCUAAUAACUGCAAAGUUAAAUCUGCAUAGGCUUUUUUUCUUGACAGUUUAAAUAGUCUUAAAAUUUUAAUUUGAUUUGUAUCCAAACAGUCCUUUCAGUACAACAAAAUGAAAAGUUACUUGGUUUUUUUUAGCUAGUGCCUUUUUAUCUGUAUGCCUUAAUUUCGUUCGUAUUUGAACACCAUGUUGAAAUAUGUCAUGCAAUUCCAUGUCACCAAAACAGUCUUAGAAUAUGGGUUUUUUCAAAGUGUCCAAAACAGAAUUUGUCUAACUGCACUGAAAAGUAUACUUUAGUUAUAAUCUGCUGCAGACAUUUAAAUUGAGAAUUUUAAAAGGUGCUUUUUGGAGCACUUCCUGAAGGCUUUGUGUGCUAAUAGAGGUUUUGUAUUUGCGUUUUGGUGAUGGUACACUGAUGUGCAUACCAAGAAAAGGACUUUUCUGCACUCACAGAAGUACUGUUAAGAGUUGAGAUUUAGCUUCCUAGCUGUGGGUACUAGACUCUGGGUUUACUGUAGAGACUGCAGCAGAGUUCUUCAUGGACUUGAAGUUACAGUUGGUACACUCAUAAAUGUGGUACUGUAUUAAAAGCUGUUUACUUUCAAUACACAGGAAUAUGAUGUGUCUAAGCAAUUCAACAGAUAUCUCAGUGAAGCUAACAUUGUGCCCAUGAAAUUCUUUCCUGUGCCUUUUGGAUAAUCUUAAUCCUGCCGUUGUCUUGACUGAAAGCCUUGUAGCACCUGUAGGUACAGCGCAGUACAGCAAGCCAUUCUUUCAGACAACUUGGAGCAAUGUCUAACUGUAGCUUCAGAGACUUGAGCGAAUUAGUCAGAUCUACAGUUAUUUAUAACCAAUUUCCUACUUUUUUAAUCUUGAAAGUCUUUGUCACACCUAUAGAAAAGCAUAAUUUGUGUGCUUGAAUGUUAGUCCCUAUGGUGUUUCUGGAAAAGCAAAAGUAUUACCGCCAGUAUCAUUUCUUCUUGCUGGUAACUUCCUGUCUGGUGUUAAUGACAAGUCUGCAGUGUAAAAUCACAUACGAUUACCAAAGCUUUUCUAUCCCCAUAUACAUAUAGCCAAAAGUGAUGUUUCAUGGAUUAGUAUUGUUACUUAUAGAAACAUAUAUAUCCAUCAGUAAGCUAUUGCUAACUGAGUAAAGCAGGUACUAAGUAAAAAAUGAUAGACACUGCCCAUAUUUAAGAGAUUUGGGUGUUUAUAGUUGUUGUUUUGAUGUGCAAAAUUCAUGCCAGCAUUAAAAUGAAGAGUUUGCUUUUUAAAACUCUUUCUACCUUAAUCUUAUUGUUGUCAUUCUAAAAUUAAUGCAUAAGCUUGGUGACUAAACCUGGUGACUUUUAUAGCCAGGUUUGAGUUUUGGGACAUUUAAGGAACACCAUGAAGAUGUGUAGAUUUGUGACCUGAACCGCUCUGCGCCAUAGUGAGACCAUUUCAAAGCUGCUGGGAAGCAGUCCGCUUGACGUGACAGCCUAAACGUCACCCACAAUAACAGGGGUGUCGGUGCUGCCUUCAGGAGGAGCCACAAAUGCACACCAAAGGGGGCAGGCAGAAUUGCUACCAGCCCGGGGUUUCUGAAUCAAAAUCCUUGGUCAGAAACAAAGGAGCUCCUUUCUCUUUUUAUUUCCCCCAGUUGGCCUGCACGGUUUCUUUUUCUUUCUAGCCGGCAUAACUUAAAAACUGCACAGGUGGUGGCCACUGACGGCUCCUGAAUGGGGUGCGAGUUCAUGUACAGCUUUAUACCAGGGCCCUGUCACUUGAACCCAGGACGCUGCAGCUCCCUGCUUGCUGGAGCAACCCCUGGGUUUUCUCUAGCAAUAUAUACACGUACGUGUUGGAGGGGUAGACGGGAUGGAGGAAAUGAAACUCCUCGCGUUUCAAAGCACCGAUGCUAGCAGUCAUGCCUUGGCUAGGUCUUAAUGUUCAUAAACAUAUUUUAAAGGGAGAGGAACUGGAUUAAGACACAUUAAAAUUGUAACCCAUGGUUCAGCCCUUACGUUGAGUCCACCGAUGAGGAUUGGAGGUCAGGGUCUGCUGUCGAGAGAGAAGGAAAAGGAUACUCUUAACUCCAGAGUGGAUAUUCAUGGGAAAUAUUUCAGAGGUUUUUCAUGUCUUUUACCCCAGAACUAGACGAUCCUUUUCCCCAGAGGUUAUAUAACGUGGAUUUAAAAACAAGGAUUGCAUUUUCUUUUCUGAACAGGCAUUAGAUUGUUGGUUCCCUAGUGUUUGUCUCUCGUUAAUACCAGUAAAAAAGGUGGUGUCAUCCUAAAAUUGGAAUGGUUUAUUAAAGCAUAGCGUCUGUCAUCUCAGACCUCGCAGGAGUCAUAUAAUGGAAUAUCACUGUAAAUACAUGGAGGAGACUUAGAUGAAUUGGAACGUAGGCUUUUAGUUUUCAUGAAGCUAUGAAUAAAAAUUUGUAAAUUUA